AUGCCGGUAUACAGCGGGCGCGCGCAAACCGCGCUUUUAAAGGCUGUAAACCACGUGUUUAGCCUGGACCGCAAGGCCGACUCUUUAGAAGAUCUAACAAAUGGCAUAAUAUUAGCGAAUAUUCUGCAUGAGUUGGACCCCGAGUUUGAUCCGUCCCAUCUUGAAUCCAAUCCCGCCACCUCCAGAUACCUGACGAACAAACGCAAUAUCCAAGCUGUCUACAAGGGCUUAUUUCGCUUCAUCCGUCGACAAAUUCCCGAACUAGGCUGUCAGGCUAAAAAGUUCGACUACCAUGCCGUUGCCGAGAACCCCGAGCCGCAAGGGCUCAGCCAGCUCCUUGCCGUCAUGGUUUCUGCGGCUGCAAUGGGGCCGGAUAACAAGAAAUACGUUCCUUUGAUUCAAACCAGCCUCGACAAAGUCAACCAAGCGGAAAUUAUGACCAUCAUCCGCGCAAUGCAAAUCGAUGCAGCGAACGCCGGCGAUGAAGACAAGCUCAACGAAGACAUCGAUGCAGUAAUGGAAGCCAGAGAUAUGGACCUCGUAGUUGAGGAGCAGAAUGCAGCCUUGCGGCAGCAACUCGAGAUCAACAAAAAGGCACUCUCUGACUAUAUUACCCGCCUGGAGCACCUGCAACAGAGCCAUGAAGAACUCAAGUACGAAAAAGAGCGAAACGACCGGGAACUCGAAGUGUUACGCAAAGCUACGAAGGAUGGCGCCAACAAUGCCGAGGCUAUCCGUCUUUUAGAGGAUCAAGUGCACGAACAGAUGGAGAUCAUUGCGAAAAACGAAGAAGCCAUCCGUGACCAUGAAAGAGCGCGGGCACAGCUGGAAAGCGAAGUCCAGAAGCUUACACAAAAGAGUCAACAUGCGGACGAGCUGCGAGAUCAAGCUACGGAAUGGCGCCACAAGGCUGAGGAGCUGGAGAAGAAAGCCAACGCUGCCGAGCGCUAUAAACAGAAGCUUGAAUCGCAACAGCAUCUUGUGAAGGAAGUGCAAAAUCUACAAUAUGAGCGCGCAGAAUUGCAGGAGCAGCUUCGGUCUCUGAUGGACGAACGAGAUAAAGGGGAUCGGACGAGGAACGCUGAGGAUGAGCUGACGCGCAUGUUGACCCAAUCCGAACAGCAUCUGUGGGAUGAGCGCAGCCAGAAAACUCAACUUCUGAAGGACAUGCAGACGCUAGAAGAUGAGCUACUGCGACUAAAGGCGCAGCGCAGCCACGACGAGCACUUUAUCCAAGACCUGCAGGAUCAGUUGCAGCAAGAUGGUGGAGCUUCGCAAGGAGAUGCUCUAGCGCUGCCUGUAUCUUCAAGCUUGGAGGAUGAACUGAACAGUGCAGCAAGCGACGAUGGACAGAAAAACAUCCCCCUUGAGCUAUCUCGGCUAAAAGCGGAGAAUGACCUACUUCGGAGAACCAUUGGGUCUACAGGAGACGCAGUCACUCUGCGCAAAGAGGCCGAUGAUGAGAAGAAGCAACGUGAAAGACUUCAACAGAGCUUGAAUGAAAUGUUUGAGAAACAUACGAUAGUUCAGGACCAGAUAGAUGCUCUGAUGAAGAGCUCUACAGGAGAGAAUUCAAAAGCGUUUAUCAAUCUGCGAUCUGAGCAUGGCCAAACUCAACAUGAGCUCGAGCAGCUAAAGAAGCGCACUGCUGCUCUGCAAGCAACACUCGCAGACAAGGAACGAGAGUUGAUGGGCGCAAAGACAGAGCUCUCGGCUGUUGAGAAAGACGGCAUCUCCGCCCUAGACGAACUCAAGAGUACCGAUAAACUUAUAUCUGAGUCACUCAAGGUGGAACUGGAUCGUCUGCGAGAGGAACUCGCUUUUGUUAGCAAUGAAAGAGAAGCCCAAAAAACGCAGCUGAUUGACGCCCUGCUCGCGAAAGACAAGUUUCGCAAGGACGCCGAAGAGGCAAAGGAGCUUCAAGAAACGGCUGCACUUAGUGCUGCAAACCAAGAUUCUUCAGAAGCGGCCAAGAAGGCAGCAGAGAAGAUUGAGAAGUUGCGAGACCGCCUCGUUGAAAGAAAACAGCAACUUGAACAAGCUGAGCAAGAUAAGAUCGACCUGCAGAGAGAACUCAAAGCUUUGCAGGGCGGCGAACUUGCCACUGCGCAGAAGGCUGCUGCGGAUCAAAUGAUCAAAAAUCUGCAGCGCGAGAACGCACUUAUUGCUACGGCGUGGUACGACCUCACCAGCCGUCUACAGAGUAACCACGUCGUGCUUCAGCGCCGGCACGAUGCGCCCAAGAGCUGGCUGAACAAGCAGAGGCAGAUGGUCAAUGCUUCCCCGCGGAGAUAA